CUCUCUCUCUCUCUCGCUCUCACAUGAGAGCUAGCUGGCGACUUCUCAAUAUUUUUCUUGGUUGUUCUAGUUAUUUCCCUCAUGCUCACAUAUCAUGAUUUUCCCUGGCACACAGGAUUGUUUAUUAAUUUCCUGGAAUCGGAUCGAUUCCCUUUGAGCUUUAAUUUUCCCGGAAAUAAUUUCUAAGCGGAUCUGAUCAUAAGGCUUUCGUGGAUCUUUCUGGGAUUACAUGACAUGGGGCAGGCAGGCUCAGGCCAGCUUUAAGUUUUCGUGAAGAACAUUAGUAGCAAAGCACAGUGAUGGAUGUUGAAGGAAAAGCUUUGAAAGCAGGUGGAUCGAGUUCGAGUCCAAGUCCGGCUUCAUCUAGGAAGCGCAGAAAGACUUGUUGUUUAGCGGUGAUCGGCACUAUAAUCGGCAUCGUGUUAUUGAUUGUCAUAUUGGCUUUCACGGUGUUCAAAGCCAAGCGUCCGGUGACCACUUUCGACGACGUGAGCAUCAAAGACCUCGACUUUUACAUCGACAUUGCCAGGUUCGCCGUUCGCUUGAACGUCACUCUGGAUGUCGAUGUCUCCGUCAAGAAUCCCAACAAGGUCGGCUUCCAGUACUCCAACUCCACCGCCCUCCUCAACUAUAGAGGCGAGCUUGUCGGUGAAGCCCCACUGCUCGCCGACAAGAUAUCUGCUGGCGAAACCAAGCACAUGAACCUGUCGGUCACCGUCCUUGCAGACCGCUUGCUCUCCAACAUGACUGAGAUUUUCUCCGAUGUCACCUCCGAUGUCCUACCCCUCAGCACCUACAUCAAACUUUCUGGGAAAGUCAAAAUCCUUUUCUUUAAAAUCCACGCCACUACGUCCACAUCUUGUGAUUUCAAUAUCUACAUCUCCAAUCGAACUAUUAGCGAGCAACGCUGCGAGUAUAAGACAAAACUUUAGGUAUUAAUAGUUAGUACUCUCUUUUUUUUUUCCUUCGUCCUCAUACUGUCAUACAGUCAAUAUCUUCUUAUUUUACUUUAUAUUUUCAUUC